GCUGGAAGAGAUUUGUCCUCCACGCGCCGCCGUACCCAGACCACGCCCACUUUUGCCCUCGACCGUGGCAGAGCCGCAGUGAGCGGCGCGUGGCCGGGGGGUGCGCGAGCCUGUCAGGAUCCAGCUAGGGAGCGCGAGAAGGGACACAAACCAGCGGCGACGGGCGCGCGCCCACCGGCCCAUCUCCCUCCUCUUCCAUUCUCCUCAGCCGCUCGCCUCAGGCCGCCGCCUCUUUCUCUUCUCCUUCCCCGCUCGCUCAGCCAUGUUGGCCGCCGCUCAGCUCCUCCGCUGCGCCGCGCUCCCCCUCCGCGGCCUCGCCCCGAGGGCCUUCGCCGCAGUGGCGUUGCCUGUGCGUUGCUAUUCUCACGGGUCUCAAGAGUCAGAUGAAGAGUUUGACGCUCGCUGGGUGACGUACUUCAACAAACCAGAUAUCGAUGCCUGGGAGCUAAGGAAAGGUAUGAACACCUUGGUUGGUUAUGACCUGGUUCCCGAACCAAAAAUCCUUGAUGCUGCUUUAAGGGCAUGCCGGCGACUAAAUGACUUUGCAAGUGCCGUCCGUAUCUUAGAAGUUGUAAAGGACAAAGCAGGCCCCCACAAAGAAAUCUAUCCCUACGUUAUCCAGGAACUUAGACCAACUUUGAAUGAAUUGGGAAUCUCAACUCCAGAAGAACUUGGCCUGGAUAAAGUCUAAGUGUUUCAGAUGAGCUUCCCAAGGGUUUAUUGUUCACGCUACCUGUUGUCUGGAGACAGAUGUUAUAAUAUUACUUAUUUGAAAUAAAAUUCUUCCUGUUAUUGAAUCCUGGAAUAUGCACGGUGACACUGGGCCUAUUAAAGGGAAAACCUGGUUUGAA